AUGGUAGACAACAACCCCUCCAGCCGUCCCCAGAGCAUCCUCAAAACGUCAAGCUCCGAUAGAGCCACGAGGACACGGAAGUCUAAUUCUAUCGUCAUAUUCGAUGAGGUAGCGGUCAACCUUGAGACUGGGGAGCGUGUGUUUCCCAGUCUCAGGACCCGAGAGGAGUUCAAAGAGUAUAGUCAUCGUCGUAGAGCUGAAAGGAUGCUCGACUUCUUCAGAGGUUUUUAUGGUGAAGAUGAUGAAAAUGGUGAAGAAGAAGGGAUAUCACCAAAGAGCCCGAUGGAUUCGGAAGAGGGUGCCGCUGAGGAGAGUGAUAGCGACGAUGACGACGACGACGGCGCUUGUCAUGGCAGCUCCAGAGAUUCUAAUUCCGAAGCUGCCGAAGGCGAUGAUGACUCAGAUGGGAGUUCGUCAGAAGCGGAUAGCAGCGACGAGGAAGACAUCGACUCCGAUUCUGACGCUGCUGAAGAUGAUGAUGACUCAGAUAGCAGUGACGAGGAAGACAGCGACAACGAUGAUGACGACGCUGACGAAGACGAGGAUAAUGGCGAGGAAAACAAGGAAGCAGAUGAAGAAGAUGAAGUCGACGAAAACGCCGACGCCUGUGAGAUUGAUAUGGAGGAUAUUGGCAAGGAGUACACAGACGAGGAACACGUAGACGAGGAAGACAAAAGCAGCGAUGAAGAUGAUCCUAAUGAAGACGCAGCUAGUGAAGCCGAGUCUCAGGGGGCAGAUCUAGUGAGAGAUUGGAAAAAAAGGAAUAAGAGGAUAGAGAAGAAUCUCAAUGAAUAG